AUGUUUAAUAAUGAAAAAAUGAGUGAAACAAAAGAAGAAUAUAAAGAAGAUAAAAAAAAUUAUUUAAAUUAUGAAAAAAGGGAAGAUAUAAAUAAUAAAAUAUUCUACAAUACAAUAGCAGAAAAUGAUUAUAAAAAUAUAAGCACAAAUAUAAUAAAUGAAAAAAUGUUAAUUGAGGAAAUAGAGAAGUGUAACAAUGUAAAAAAAAAUAAUAUUAUUGAUGAAUUUUACCAUGUUAAAAAUUUAUCUCUAGAAAAUAGAAAAAUAUUAUUGAUACAGAAUAUUAACCUUUUAAAAAAUUUAGAGGAGUUAUAUUUAGAUAAUAAUUUAAUAGAAGAAUUAGAGAAUUUAGAUGAAUUAGUUAAUUUAAAGAUAUUAAGCGUUUCAAAUAACAAUAUAGAAGAAAUUAAAAAUUUAGAUAAUUUAAUAAAUUUAUCAGAGCUAAAUUUACAUAAUAACAAAAUUAAAAAAAUUGAAAAUUUAAAUUGUAAUAAAAAUUUAAAAAUUCUGAUAUUAAGUAAAAAUUGUAUAGAAAAUUUAGAAAAUAUAUUUUAUUUAAGGUGUUUAGAAAAAAUAAGAUUUUUAAAUUUAAUUGAUAAUCCUAUAUGUAAUAUAAAAAAUUUAUCAUUUUAUAUUAUUUCUAAUUUAAAAAAUAUUAAGUAUUUUAAUAAUGAAAUACUUACUAUUAAAAAUUCACAAAUAGAGAAAAAUAACAUUGAUAAUAAAACAUAUGAAGAAACAAAGGAAAUUAAAAAUAUUCAUUUAAGUAAUAAUAUAAAUGAUACAAAUGAUUAUGAAAAAAAGCUUUUUGAAGCACAUUUAUAUGAUAUAACUAUUUUGUCUAAUUCACUAUUUGAUGAAAAAAAAGAACCAGUAGUUUUAUUUAAAAUAGAUAAUUAUUUAAAAAUAAAAGAGGAUUACUUACAAAAUAUUCAAAAUAUAAAUUCAGAAAUAAUUAAUAAAAUAUUAAUAUUAAAUGAAGAAAGAAAAAAAUCUUCUGAUGAAUUUGAAAAUGAAGUUGAAAACUUUAUUUCAAAAAGUAUGUUGGAAAAUAUUAGUGCAUAUAAGAAAUUAAAAGAAAGAGCAAAAAAAGUUAUACGAGAUAUAUUAAAUUUUUUAAAUUUAAAAGAAGGAAUUAAAAAUAUGAUGAUUAAAAAAUGUCCUGAUUAUUACAAGAAAAGAUUAGAGAUAAAUGAAAAUAAAGAUUUAAAUGAUACAUUUAAAAAUGGAAUUAAAGGCAUAUGGAAAAAUUUGAAUUUAAAUUUUGAUAUGCUCAUUUUUAAUGAACACCAAGAAGGCAACGAAUGUGAAAAAAAUGAUAAUAUUUCUAACAAAAAUGAAAACAUAAAUAUUUUUGUUCAAAAAGAUAAUUAUAUAAUUUUAAAAAAUUACAUUGAAAAUAAUAUUGAAGAAAAUUUUUUUUUUAGAGAUAAAUUAAUAAAUGAAGAAUUAAUGAAUAUAGUUUCAUUAAAUAAUUUCAUAGAGAAAUUUAAAUUGAAUAUUUCAAAAAUAAUAAAAGUUAUAAAUGACAAUAUUUAUGAUUAUUUUAGAAAAUUAGAAGAUUUAGAGCAGUCUUAUAAUUCUAAAAUUCUUAACUUCUUUUCAGAAGUUAAAAAUAAUAACAAUGAUCAACCUACUAUAAUUUUCAAAGAAGAAGAGAUAAAUGAGUAUUAUAUUUAUAAAGGUUACAGAUCUAAUGUAUUAAAUAAUUUAGAGGAUAUUAUUUCAAACAAUUAUCAUAAAUCUAGUAGUUUUUUAGUUGAAGAAAAAAAAAAGUAUUUAUUUUUGAAAUCAAGAGAAAGAAUAGUAGAAGUUGAAAAUAUUGUAGAUAUGUUUAAUGAUUUAUUUUAUUCAUAUUUAUACAUACUACAUGUUAAAUAA